AGAAAAGACUACUUACCCCAAGUCACUCCGAAGAUGGUCCUCUUGGAGUGGUGCAGGAAGGAAAAGCUCUUGCAGCCUGUAUAUCAGACUGUGCAGAGGUCACUUGAUAAGUUUUUCCACUCUGUUGUCACAGUAAAUGAAAAAAAGUACUGCUCUGUUCUGCGGGAUAAGUCCAAGAAGCUAGCAGAGCAGGCUGCUGCCAUUGUUUGUCUCCGGACACUCGGUCUCCCCGAGGGAAAGAUUGGUGAGGGAGAAAGUGACCUUGUUUACAAAAGGAAGAGAGAAUUCCAUUAUCAGAAUGUUGGCUCAGAAAACCUGUCAGAAAUGCCGCUUACAAAGAAACUACACCAUGAUGAUGACAAAAGAGAAGAUAAAGAUUAAUACAUUUGAUAAAUUAAUAAAACUAAUAUUUUAGUAUAUUCUGUUUUUUCCCAAAGAUACAU